GGAAGCAAAAUGAAUAGAAGAUGUAAAAUAAAAAUGGGAAGCUAAAUAAAGGAAUGUAAACAAAUGAUGUUCCUCUCUACGUAUUUAUUGUCUCUAAUUGUUAAUUCUGUUUCAUUUUCUACGUUAUUUCUAUUUUUUUAUUCAAGUCAUACAAUUCAAAUGGUUUAGUGCGAUGCUUCCUGUGGACAAUAGGUGUUCACGUUCUUUGAUGAACGAAGAAAUAAUGACUAACCAUGACCCUUUGCCUAUUGAGGCAGUUGAUUCAUCCGUUGGUAUAUCUUCAGAGGAUCUUCCACACUAUUUAAAUUGUGUUGAAUCGAUCAAACAUAUGACUUCAUCAUUCCUGAAACCCCAACAAUCACCACUGUCUCGCCCGAUGCAAAGGAAAUUGAUUAGUCUCUUGCAAUGCCAACUUGUCGAAGGAGAAGGUCGAUUACGAGCCAUGAGAAAUGCUCGAUCCAUCGGUGAAAGAGCUUUAUCCGAGCUUCUCAUAAAGCAUCAAGAUCCUCGUACAUUGAGUGCCAAUUUAUGGGCUGCUGUUCGCGCUAGAGGCUGCCAAUUCUUGGGACCCGCAAUGCAAGAAGAAGUCUUGCGACUUGUUUUGUUAGCUCUAGAAGACGGAAGUGCUCUUUCUCGCAAAGUUCUUGUUAUGUUUGUUGUUCAAAGAUUGUCACCUCAUUUUCCUCAUCAAGCCAGUAAAACUGCUAUUGGUCAUGUUAUCCAGUUGUUAUAUCGGGCUAGCUGCUUUAAGUUAACUAAAAGAGAUGGUGAUUCAAGUUUGAUGCAACUUAAAGAAGAGUAUCGCAGUUAUGAUGCCUUAAGAAGGGAACAUGAUAAUCAAAUUGUAACAAUUGCGCUGGAAGCUGGCCUACGGAUCUCUCCAGACCAAUGGUCAUCACUUCUUUACGGAGAUUCUGCACAUAAAUCGCACAUGCAAUCCAUUAUCGAUUCUCUGCAAUCACCAUCAUCUUUUCAACAAUCAAUUACUGAGCUAAUGUCUGCUCUUCAACGUACAGGUGAUCCUGCAGGACUAGCCAACCUCAAAGAACAUUUUGACCGGUUAGCGAAUAUUGAUUUGGGUAUAAAUAAUGAACAUCCAGUUCAUCCAUCGCAUUCUGAGUUAGCUUCAAUCCUUGAAUCAUCAAAAAUUUUGACUUCUCGAUUAAUUGAGUUUUUGCACAACCAUUCCUCUGGAUUGUUUCGAUCUAACACAAAUCAUCGACCGUCGAUAGCAAUUCCGGCUAAUUUAACCCAGAAUCGUGUUAAUCGAGUAAAAUCUCUUCCUAUCGUUUCAUCUAAUACAAGUCAACCAUCUUCAUCGCCAAUUCAAAGUCCCACAGAGAAAUCAAUUUUUCACUUUAUUCCAUCUCGGCCAAAAGAUAUCGUUACUCAUCGACCCUGUUCUUCCACACUUGCCAAUCGAAAUGUUAAUACAUUGAUUUCUCAUCCUCAUCAAUUAACAUCAUCAACUCCUCCACUUCCUCUGGCUUCUUAUCAUCCAACAGCCUUUCCUCCACCACCCAACAAUCAUCCUCACCAUCAUAUAACUGUCUCUCCUUAUUUAAUUGCUGGACAUUCAAAGUUCCCAACAGACAGUGAAUCCGUUGCAUCUAACUCUAUUGCUCUGGCAACUAUUCCUACUAUCCUAAUUGACCCAAACUCAGGUCAUCAUCACCCUAGUCCUGGACCAACGGCCAUAUUAAGUUCAUCCAAGUUGACUGGCCUUAUAACCCCAGUCACACCAAUCUCGCUUAAAACUGAUACUAAUUUAACAUCAUCUACUUCACGUCCACCUUUCUCUCUGAAAACUGCCGCACUGCCUUCCGAUGAUGAUCAAUUCAUACCUUUCGAUGAAAGAUCAUUCGUCUCAAAAUAUGGUCCUAUUUCUCGAACUAUGAAUCUUAUCAACACACCAACAGUUGCCAGUCCAGGCUCCAACUCUCAGCGAGUAUGUAACAAUAAUUUUAUUGGAAACAGUGCUGCAGAAACACAACCCACCAAUGUAAUACUUGGACGACCACUUCCUUCCCUAACACUCAUCCAGCCUCUUCAACAAUUGGUACUAACAGCUACAUCGGCAAUUUUAACUGAUGACCCACAAACAUUUAAUCAUAAUCAAACGGAUCGACUGCAAGACAACCCUUAUCCAGAUGAAUCUGUUGUUCGUCAAGUUAACAAUGUUGCUCCUGCUAUAUCAUUAGCUUAAAAAGUUAUCAUCAUUUGACUUGAAAGUUUCAUAGAAACACAAUAAAACUCGCAUCAUUUAAUUAAAUUAAUGGCAUGAGAUCGCGAUCGAUCUAAUCGUUACUCAUACAGAAUUAUAUUCUCCGAAAACCACUAAUGAAUGUCCUCGAGAUUUGAUGAAAAAACUAAAAGGACCAAUAUGGUAAUAGAAACUGAAAAAACUGAAAGCAUGACUAGGAUCCCCAAAAAUCACUUUUAAAAAAGGCUUUUCAUUUUGCUCAUUAUUUUCCAAGUCUAUUGUUGUCCCUAUGUAAACCAUUGAUUCUCAUCUAAACAUUGCGAUUUAUUUUUUAUAUUAACUGAUUGCGUCCCAAAGUGUAUCCUUUAAUUUAUUACUUUUCACUCCAAAGAGUUUAUUCAAUAUUUAAGGAUAUAUGGUGAAAUGGUUAGCACUGUGUUUAAAUCCAUAACCGAUAAUAGACGAAGAUGGUUGCAGGGGAAAGAAAGAUAACAAUUCCUGAUUACUCUAUUACUUGUUGGUUACUUUGAAUUAAUUGAACAUGAAGCCUUGCGCUCAAUCAUAACUUUUGUGCUCUGGAACAGUUCAGUGGUUUUUGGCGCUCUAUCUUCAACAAAAGAGAUAAUAAAUUAAAUAAAAGUGUAUUAAAUUUAUAAAGUUUCACUAUUA